AUCCAUUGAUUGAUUGAUUCCGUUGAAUCCGUUCCAUUUUCGUCUCACAAUCCUCCGCGUCGAUCGAUCGAGAAGCUAGCAGCUUAGGGGAAGUAUGGCGAUGGCGACGUCUGCGUCCACGGUCUCCUUCUCCGCCGGGCGGCCGGCGGCGGGUGCGGGGCCGCGAUCUGUGGUGGCGGCGGCGGCGGCGGCGGCGGGGAGGGUCAGUGCCGGCGGCGGCGGGGGUAAUGGCGGUGGGAAGUGGUGGGCGCCGCUGCUGGGGUGGUCGGGGAAGGCCGACUACAUCGAGGCCCCUUCGCCGGCGGUGGUGGAGGAGGAGGAGGGUGGUAGGAGGAGGCCGUUCGUGGGCGGGCUGACGGAGGAGAAGGCGCGGGAGCUGCGGGCGCGGAUGGUGGAGACGGAGAGCUUCCACGACGCCAUGUACCACUCCGCCAUCGCCUCCCGCCUCGCCCGCUCCGCCUAGGCCGGCCGGCCGCCGGAGGAGGCACCCCCGAACUCGCCGCCGGCGCAUCGCCCUGCCUUAGCGUGUACAUAAAUCAUGAACCAUGUGUGUUGUUGCUUCGGCGGCGAGAAAUUUUAGAAGGGAUCUGGUUUUUAGGAUUGAUCCCUUGCUUUGAUUCCAUCUCCUCCGCCAAUCUGGUCAUGCCUUUUUCUCAUUUGCUUUCUAUUUUCUGGAUCUGAGGUCUACACUGUAUGAUGCAUCAGAUCCAGAUCCACCAGGGUUGUUGUAUUUCUCAUUUCCAAUGGGUUGGAUCCAUCCCCUAAAGAAGAAAGAAGAAGAGCCGCACCGGCUCUCUGCUCUCCAAUCCCAUGUGCCACUUCUUCACAGAUUUCUUCUGUAUUCGCGAUUAAUUCCGGAUUAAAAAAAAAGCUCGGUUCAAA